AUGUCUUUCCUUCAUAAUCAUUCUUGCGAGUGCGUUAAGUCAGAAUUGGAUUUGUUUGCACUACCGUCUACACAAACUAGCAUUGAAAAUGGAUUGUGGAUUCAUUAUAAACCAAUUUCAUCUCUUGGUGAUGAUGGACCUAUCGAGUUUCAAGUUCCUGGGACCGGCGAUGACUACAUAGAUUUGUCUCAUACAUUACUCCACAUAAAGGCAAAAGUAUUAAAUCAAGAUUCAACUAACUUGGUAUCUACUACAAUAGUAGCACCUGUAAAUAAUUGGCUGCAUUCACUUUUUAGUCAACUUGAUGUUUAUUUAAACCAAAAACUUGUAUCACCACCUAAUAAUACCUAUGCAUAUCGAGCAUACAUGGAAACCCUUUUAAACUAUGCCCCUGCUGCUAAACAAUCUCAUCUUACUUGUAGCCUUUGGUAUGAGGAUACAGCAGGAAAAAUGGAUUCUACAGAUGGUAAAAACAUAGGAUUUGUUAAAAGACAGGAAUUGAUUAGUGAAAGUAAGGAAAUAGAAAUGAUUGGUCAUCUUCACGGUGACAUUUUUAACCAAGAUAAAUUUUUAAUUAAUGGUGUUGAAAUGAGUGUUAAAUUGGUUCGAUCAAGAGAGAGUUUUAAUUUAAUUGUUGGGUCGAACGAUGUAAAGUUUAAAGUUUGCAUUACGGACGCAACUCUUAUUGUGCGACGAGCACGAAUUAAUCCAAGUGUAUUACUCGCACAUCAAAAAGUUUUAGCUUCUACCACUGCUAAAUAUCCUAUUACUCGAGCUGAAGUAAAAGUUUUAACAAUUCCUUCAGGUGUUCAAGGAAAAACUCUUGAUAAUAUAUUUUUAGGACAGGUACCGAAAAGAUGUAUAAUUGGAUUUGUGAACAAUUCUGCAUUUAAUGGUUCCCUUACUAAAAAUCCAUUUAACUUUGAAAACUAUGGUAUUAAUUCUUUCAGCUUAUAUAUUGAUGGUCAACAAAUACCUUCAAAAGCUUUGCAACCAUCUUUUAAUAAUAGCAUAUUUACAUCAGCAUAUCAUACUCUAUUCUCGGGAACUGGUAUUCACUUUCUUAAUGAAGGAAAUGGAAUCUCUUGUGAACAGUAUGGCAAAGGUUACUGUCUAUUAGCAUUUGACUUAACUCCUGAUUUAUCAGCUAACUCAUCAACUCAUUGGAAUCUCAUAAAGCAUGGUAGUGUAAGAAUAGAAGUACGAUUUGAAUCCUCAUUAAUACAAACAAUUAACUGUAUAGUUUAUGCUGAGUUUGAUAAUAUUAUUGAGAUAGAUAAAAACAGAAAUGUUACUGUAAACUAUAGUAGUUAA